GGCCUAUUGCUAAGAUGACGUCGCCGGGUAUUCCCGACCCCAUCAACGUUCUCCCACUAGAGCGACGGUUCUCAUUCACCAGCCAUGGCUCUAGCACCUCGAAGCUCCUUUUGCUACUGAGAGUGCGCUAAUACUAGGCCUUUCGCGAACAAUAUGGUGUCCCUCUUGCGCCAGAUUGUGGCAGGACCCCGGUCCCGGCACCCUGAAGCGGGUCUCGAUUUAUGCUAUGUCACGGACAGAAUCAUUGCGACUUCGGGUCCCAGCGACGCUUACCCACAGCGCGCAUAUCGCAAUCCUCUCGAUUCACUCGUGAACUGGCUGAAUAGCAAGCAUGGCGACGACUGGGCGAUAUGGGAAUUCCGUGCCGAGGGCACAGGAUACCCCGACAGCGCAGUCUACAACCGCAUCUACCAUUACCCCUUUCCCGAUCAUCACCCUCCCCCAUUCGCACUGAUCCCAAAUAUCAUGGCCAGUAUGAGGAAUUGGCUUCAUGAGAAGGAGGACAGAGUCGCAGUGCUUCAUUGCAAAGCCGGCAAGGGCAGGAGCGGCACUGUAAGCUGCAGUUACCUGAUCAGCGAAGAGGAAUGGGAUGUCGAUAAGGCGCUCAAACGGUUCACGGAACGGCGAAUGCGGCCAGGUAUGGGAAAGGGAGUGAGCAUACCAAGUCAGCUGAGGUGGAUCGGCUACGUCAAUCGUUGGGCAAAACACGGGAAGAUAUAUGUAGAACGUCAGGUUGAAGUACUCGAAAUUCACUGCUGGGGUCUAAGGGACGGGGUCAAAAUCCAAAUCGAGGGUUUCGUGGAAGGCGGCAAGAGGAUCAAGACUUUUCACACCUUCUCGAGUGAAGAACGGGAGAUAGUGCGAGGCAAAAUCGAAAAAGAUGGAGGCAUAGUGAGCUUCGUAAGCGAGGUGUUGGCCACCAGUGGACUGGCCGGGACUCAGAGCGCGAAGGGAUCCGCCGCCUGCUCAAUGUCAAGCAAACAAGCACUCUCUUCAUCCGACUCUAUGCGUAUGUCAGACGAGGAUAGACGUACGCCUUCUUCACAUGCAAAGGCGGGGCCCGAGGGUCUAGGGAAUGGAGACGUUGUGUUUCGCCCAUCACAACGAGUAGUCCUCCCCACCAACGACUUCAACAUCGACGUCGAACGCCGCAAUCAGACAGCGUUUGAUCUUACGUACGUCACAGCCGUAGCCCACGUAUGGGCCAACGCGUUCUUCGAGGGGAACGGACCAGAGCAAGGCGGCUCAGCUGAUGGCUCUGGGGUUUUUGAAAUAUCAUGGGAUGCGAUGGAUGGCAUAAAAGGGAGCAGUAAGAAAGGCAUUCCAGCUUUCGACAAGAUUGCGGUUGUCUGGAAGACCCUGACCCCAGAUGGCAAACCAGGGAUUUUGAUAAAAGAACCAGCAGAAGGUGAAGAGGUUCCCCAAUCGUCACCUGCAAAUUGGAAAGGACAAGAGAACGUAGAACCAAGUGAAGAGAAAGACCUUGGUUUACGCAAGUCUAGCCCCGACGAUUCAACAACUGAUUUAAGCAAGGUAAGCAGCACUGAAAGCGGCAAGAAAAACGAUGGGAGGCGCGGUUGUGGAGCGUCAGAAACUCCGGAGAACAGCACUCUGAGCGUGCAAGGACAUAGUGGAAAAGAUUUCAUGCAAUGAUCUCCGGAUGCGAAUGAACCACCGGUAGGGACGCCGACGCGCAUGGAACGGGCGCGGACGGAUGACGCACGUCUGACCUAGAGUGGGGUGCCUGGAAGAGGACCUUGCAUGUUC